ACAGGUCUCUGGCGUUCCUGUGGCUGUUCAGAUUGAGGCGGUGGUCCGAAGCGAGUUCUUGCAGUUCAAAAGCAUCGCUGCGGAGCUCGCCCAGGCUGGAGAGCGCAUCGAGCAGUUGCGGGACGCAGCAGUGCGAACACGAGGUGUACCCGUGGGUAUGCUCGCGAGGCCAGCUGAGGACGAAAGCCAGCGGCUGGCGGCGGCACGCAACAACCUCGCUGGAAUGGGUGGAACCUUGCUGGGCCCAUUGGCCAUGAGCACGAUCAAUCCUGCCUUGAUGGGCUGUGGUGGCUGUGGUGGCUGUGGUGGCUGUGGCAUGCUUGGACCAGGUGCAAACCCUGGUAUGAUGGGUGUCAACACAGGAGGAGGGCUCUUUGGUGCCAAUACAGGUGGAGGACUGUUUGGUGGAAACACGGGAGGAGGAAUGUUUGGAGCAAACACCGGUGGAGGGCUGUUUGGUGGAAACACAGGAGGAGGAAUGUUUGGAGCAAACACUGGUGGAGGGCUGUUUGGUGGAAACACAGGAGGAGGACUGUUUGGUGCAAACACUGGUGGAGGACUGUUUGGUGGAAACACAGGAGGCGGAAUGUUCGGAGCAAACACUGGCGGAGGACUGUUUGGUGGAAACACAGGAGGAGGAAUGUUUGGAGCAAACACCGGUGGAGGACUGUUUGGUGGAAACACAGGGGGAGGAAUGUUUGGAGCAAACACCGGCGGAGGACUGUUUGGUGGAAACACAGGAGGAGGAAUGUUUGGAGCAAACACCGGUGGAGGGCUGUUUGGUGGAAACACAGGAGGAGGAAUGUUUGGAGCAAACACCGGUGGAGGACUGUUUGGUGGAAACACAGGAGGAGGAAUGUUUGGAGCAAACACCGGUGGAGGACUGUUUGGUGGAAACACAGGAGGAGGAAUGUUUGGAGCAAACACCGGUGGAGGACUGUUUGGUGGAAACACAGGAGGAGGAAUGUUUGGAGCAAACACCGGUGGAGGACUCUUUGGUGGAAACACAGGAGGAGGAAUGUUUGGAGCAAACACCGGCGGAGGACUGUUUGGUGGAAACACAGGAGGAGGAAUGUUUGGAGCAAACACCGGUGGAGGAUUGUUCGGUGCCAACACUGGUGGAGGCCUGUUCUGAAAGUGGCGCUGAAACAAGGCUUGCCACCAAGUAGUUGACGAAGGAUGUGCUGCUG